UCCGAAUUUCGGUAUACUCUUCGGUCAACCGCCCUGUGGCAUGUUGCUCCAUAGGUGACCUCCGCGGUUUGUAGUUGGCAUUCCGGAACGAGACAGCACGUUCUUUUAUUGUCCAGCAGCAGCAUGGAUCCUUGGCGUGAUGAAGAAGUUUCUUCGUCGCGAUUGAAUCGCUCCAAGAGCGUUGGGACUGAUCCUAGGAAGCGUUUUUCAUUACCAUUGGCUCCGGCGACAGUUCUUUAUUCUUCGAAGAAUGUAUGGAAUUCAGACAAUGUGGAUAUGCCGGAGGACCCUUUAAACAUGACGACUUUCCCUCCUGCUCCGUUAGAGGUCGAUUUAGCCAAUUUGUCUUUGGAACAAAAGCAAACUUCAAAACAACCACAGGAUUACUAUGCUAAGAAUGGACUACGCGUCAACGAUAAUGAUUACGAUUGGAUGUUUUUUGUAUUUGACGAGCGGGAAUUGGGCACGAUGUUCAAUGUUUUCGUGACAGCAUUCAGGGCUGAACGCGCCGAGUUUCGUUUGGCCCCGUCAAAACUGUUUUAUUUGGCUGCUCGUUAUGCUUAUUUAUACACACCAAAGGAAAAAAGACUUCUCAACCGACUUAUAGAGGGCUUUCUCGCUACUGUUUGGUCGACUGUAGAGGCAGACCCGACAAACAUGGUGCUUGGAACAAUGUGGAUAUCAAACUGUGUUUUAUUAUACUACUACUUGCACAGAGACUCAAAGCUUGUAGAAGCAACACGGGAAUUACAAGAGGAAAUCACACGUGUUGUUCCGAGAAUAUACUCUUUAGUGUACAAAGAUGCCAUUCGCCGCAUGGAUGAAGCGAUUGUUGCUGGAAUGUUAAAUUAUGCAGGUUUAGAAGGGCUGGAUCCUUCAGCUUCGAGGUCGUGGAACUUGCUUCGACGUCACAGCUCAGUCCGUCGUCCUGGUUCACCGCGAAGCGCGCCUGUUGCUUCACCAAGAAACCUGACAAAGGUUUUUGCCUCUACACUUCAUCUCAUGGAGCUGUUCUACAUUCAUCCGCUCAUUCGAAUACAAUGCAUCGAACAGCUAUUUACGUGGUUUGGUGCACGUUUGUUCAAUCUUUUACUUGUCAACAAAAAAUACCACUCUCGGGCGUACGCAAUGGAAAUCCGAUUUAAUGUUGCAAGCGUUGAAGAAUGGAUCCAGAAACACAAUAUUGAUUUAACUCAUCCAACGGAUUAUUCCGAAGUUGGAUUGCCAAUGAAAGAUCUCUCUUCCUAUUUGCAACCCGUUGUGCAGUUACUACAAUGGUUGCAAUGUUUGUCUCGGCUAAGCGCAGAUCGAGAUCCAGACGCAUUACGGGAAACAGUACGCUCAUUUUCUGCUUUAUCUCCUCAUCAAGUGAUUAGCGUUGCAAAGUCGUACAAGCUCGAUUCCUCAGAGGCUAGAUUGACUGGCAGUUUCUACAAGGUCUUGAAUGAAUAUGAGCAAGAGUGGGAGCGUGAGCGUAUAACUUCCAUGCCAAAUUCAUCAAACAAAACAAAGCUUGAGCCCAUGCGUUUAGACGAAAACCGAAUCUUGCCGUUUGUAUUCCCUACAUUCCAAGAACUUGUCCAAGCAUACUCACCUUCUGCGUCACCAAAUGUAUUUGCAAAGGAGCGAGAGUACUUGUACAAGCCCUACGUGUCGAACUAUAUGAUCGACUUGUUGGAAACGUCUGGCAUUACCAUGGAGCGUGCUGAACUUCCUGUCAGUAUCUUUGAAAAUGAGGCAUGGAAGAAGGAAUGGCGCCCCGAAGUUGAAGAGGAAGAAUUGUUCCAAUAGCGGGAGUUUUCCCGUCUUUUACGAAAUCCUCCUUUGAUAUCUUACCCAGCUUCCUUGCGUUUCUUUCCGGGAAGCUGUUGUUUUCAUCUCGAUUUCGGCCAACUUUCGGUAAACUUACGGGGUUUUGUCUCGGUUUCUUGACUCACCGGUGUUUUUUUCUCCGAAUGCAAUUAGCAUUUUACAGCUAUAC